AUGAAGGAGUUAGUCGGUGCGGCCGUCAUAUAUAUACACGACAGUGAGCAAAGUCCGUAUAUAGGCGCUCAAUUGCAAGAAAUCCCCGAAGGCUAUGAACCAAAACAUUGGGAAUAUCACAAACAUCCAAUUUCCCGUUUCAUCUCUCGUUACUUCUUGACCAAUCCACAACAAGAAUAUGAAAAAUCCUUACAUUACCUCUAUGAGGAAGAUGAAAAGGCUAAAAUCAGAGAAUUGGAAGAGAAGAUUCGUGCUAAAAUGUCGGAACGUAACGAUUAUCAAGCAUAUUACUACAGACCAGCUAUCGCUAAGUACCACAGAAUUUCCAAGGAAUCUGCUGAUGCAUUGGCUGAAAUUCGUGGUGAAAAUUAAAGCUACCAAUGCCAUUAGAUUGAUGUU